AUGGAGCAGCCGGCCAGAGACAGGUCACCAAGAGGCCGUUCUCAAACGAGAAGAGGAGUUUCUUUGCCUGCAACAACCGGAUAUGCCCCUGGAAGUGCAAACGCCUCCGUCCCCUUUGUCUUCGAGGAGCAACUCAGUCGAGUCCGAAUGAGCAUGGACACUUUACAAGCAGAAGUUGGCAAGGCAGUUCGAGAACUUGCAGGUCACCAGAAAACUCUUGUUGACACCCUUGAGCGUCAGCAGCAUGAGCUGAAUGAUUUACGAGCCCAAAGAGUUCCAAUCCCUCCAAGUGCUUCUCAGUCAGUGGCGGCUGCCAAUGAGGAUCGCUUCGGUGCCAUGGGAGAAGCCAGUCCUUUUACUUCUGGACAAGACCCGCCCAUCCAAUUGCCAGUGAAUGCUCAGCAAGGUGCAGGUGGACUUGCAUCGGCGAUGCCAAAUACUGCAGUGAAUGCGAGCUCAAGCACUGGACAUGGGGUAAAAAUUGUCUUACCCGAUGGUACGGAGAUCCCCUUGGGCGGCCAGUCAAAUGCCGCGGGUCCUAAAGUUCCUGGAUCCACACAGCUAGAUGCGCUGCAGAGAAGCGACAAGUGGCUGCCUAGCAUGCCCGUGGUCGAGUCGAAUCGGUGGAAAAGCCGAAUGGAGGAGAUUUUGGGCAUGGAACAGUGGCUCGAUUCAUUUUGCAAUUGGCUAUCUUUGAUUUCAGAGCCAUUUUGCACAGAAGUGAAGUUUUCUGCGACUUCUCCGCUGCCAAUUGACAAGAAAGAUUUGUCAACUGACCAGAUUUCCCGAAGCUCCAGGCUCAUGGCAAUGCUUCGCCAGACCUUCCAGAUGACUCCGCGAGCCAAAAUCAUUCUGCUUGCUUAUGUAGAAGGCCCUGGAGAUAAGAACGGGUAUGAGGCUUUGCGAAGGAUUGUCCAAGAAUACAUGAUCAAGACUCGUGCUGAGUUGAUGCAUUUCCGCACAUCUUUGCUUGGCCGAACUUUCAAAGCUCAAACAGUGACAGAGGUAAUCAAGCAAAUUGAGUUCGAGGAGAGCCGGUACAACAAGCUUGCUCGGAUGUUGCCCUCGAAUGUACCAGCUUCCGAUUUGGCCCUGCUCCCUAGUGAUUUGGUGAUGGUCCUCAUCAAAUCCUUGCCUGUUGGUGUGAGGGAAUAUGUUGUCAUGCAUAGCCCAAGCCAUGACUAUGUGCAAAUGAAAAAUGCCGCUUUGUUGUACGAAGCCAACCAGAGAACUUGGACAGAGAUUGCAGGCAGCAGUUCUGCCACCUACAUGCAUGGAAUGUUUGACACGAAUGACAAGCCGAAAGGAAAGGGCAAAAGCAAAGAUGGUAAGAAAGGAAAGGGGAAAGCAAAAGAUUCAAAUAAAGGUGCAGCUAAGGGCAAUGGUGAAAAGUCAGAGAAGGAAAGGAAUGCCACGUGUUUCCGAUGUGGUCGCACAGGCCAUUUCUCUUCAAAUUGUCAUGCCAAGAAAGACAAGGAUGGCAAGCCGCUUGAAGGGAAGCCCGCUCCAAAGAAAGAUGGAAAGGGAUCUGGUGAAGAGAAAGGUUCCAGCACAGGUCCUCAGAACAAAGGAAAAGGCAAAGGAUCCAAAGGUAAGAAAGUCAAUGAAAUGCUUGAGCAGCCUGAAGGCGAAUCGUGGCCUACCAAUGGUCCAGCUGAAAGUCAGGGUUCCAAUGGAGAUGGCAGCCGUGCGUCAGCUGCGAAGCAAGCAGCAGCCCCUUUGAAUCCCAUUUUGCCUACUCAGUCUUGGUUUGAAGACACGAUCGUGCAGUUUGAGCGAGAGCAGAUCACAGAAGAGCAGUUCGAUUUGGUCCACGGAUCAUUUCUCAUGGAGGAACAAUUUUCUUCUGAUUUUGAUUUUUCAUGUUUUGGAAACCCAUCAGAUUUGUGGAGUAAAACCAAGCAUGUUUGUACCAUGUCAGCUGCAGUUUUCAUGCCAAUGAUGCCAGAUGUCCCAUCAGAUUUGCACUGGUGGCUCAUUGAUUCAGGAGCAUCAGCCUCUGUUGUGAGUUCUCGCUUCCUGAAACACUAUGAAGUAGUAAAGAAUCAAGUGCUGGGACCAGCAACCGGCCCUGGGUUUUCAUCGGCAAGCGGUGAGACAAUUCAUCCAACUUCCCUUGUUUGCUUGAAAGCAUUUUUCCGCUUGACGUCCAGAGAAGAUCCUUCAGACACCAUGUUGAAAGAGUGCUUAGUUUCAGCUUUUGUAGCAGAUGUUCCCAAUAAUGUUUUGUCAGUGGGCAGCUUGCUGCGAAAGGGUUGGUCAUUAAGCAGUUCCGGAAGUGAAUUGGAAGUGUGCUUUGGAGGAUACAAUUUGGACUUGGUGACAUGGCAGAAUGUGCCAUGGAUUUUUCACGAAGUUGAGACGGUCAUGGACUUUUCCGAUGAUCGCGAUUUGCAGAAGACAUUUUGGAGCCGUCGGAAAAUCCAUGAUGGUCCGGUGAACACGGUUGAGCAUUUGAGCGAAACUGACAAAUCCAUGUUGAUGACAACCAAGAGACAGCCAGAUGUUUCAUUGGAAGAACUUGACCCCGCUGCUGCAUCCUCUUCUAGCCCAGCAUAUGUUAGUAGUAGGCCUGUUUCCGAUAGUGAAUCUCCAUACCGUGAAAGCCUCAGUGUGGAGCCUAACUCUAUUCCGGAUUCGAACGAGCCUUUUGAUUAUGAGCCCAAUAUGAUUGUAGACACAAACACAGGAUUUGCAUCCAUUCCUUCAGAAGAGUCUUCAGAGCAUCCAGCUGUAUUGCGAAAACGAGACUUGAAUAAAUCCAAGCUUGAACAACACCGCCGUCAAGGCCAUUUUCCAUUCCAUGCAGAUUGCCUUUCUUGCCAAGCAGCCAAGUCCACGACUCACCACAGAAGAAAGAAGAAGUCGGUGUUGAGCAGUGAGAUGGCAUGUGAUUUUUUCUUCUUGAACUUGGAUAAAGCAAACAAAGAGUCUUUCAAGUAUCUAAUCAUGGUAGAUUUGACCACUGGAAUGAAAGGCGUGGCCCCUGUCCAGUCGGACAUUCGUUUGUCGCACCGAUGGAUACAGGCCUGGCUUGGCGAAUUCAAUAUGUCCACAGAAUGCUCCGAGCCAAUUGAAAUUAUCACGGACGCAGAAGAAGCUGUUUCAAGUUUCAUGAAAGGUGCCAUCAACCACAGGCCAGCUUCAUUUGUCAAAGCGCCGCCGCAAGGUCACCAGACCAUUGGUGGAGCAGAGGCUGGAGUCCGAGCCAUUAAAGAUGCGUUCAACACUCUUCGGCAAGACUUGCGUGAGAAUGGCUGUGAUGUUUGCAUCAGGAAUCAGACAGCUGUGAAUGUGCCAGCUAGCUUGAAGAAAGAUUGCAUUUCCCGAUUUGAGAAGGCAACGUAUUUGCGACCUGAGUUCAACUCAUUGGGGGAUGUAGUUUGUACUGUCAUUGGGGGGCAAGAACGUUUCUUUGUUUGCAAGAGCUUUAAGAUUGUUUCCCCAUUGGAGUGGGACAUCUCCUUGUCUCCAUCUGUUUUGCAUUUUUUCGACCGGAUGCAGCCUGAUGUUUCCAUUGAAGAUCUCUCCGCAAAGAUGUCUGUGCGACGUUUGAGUGGCAAGCAGAAGCCACCGCCAGGCCUGGGUGAAGCUGAUCAACCCGUCCAGCAGAGGCUUGCACCCAGUUCUCCAAAGGCGUUGGACGAGCCAGAAGUCAUCCAUGACAUGGAAGUAGACGACUCUGCUGACGGAAUGGUAGAUCUAAGUGAAUUUGCAGCUGCUGGAGGCGAACCUACAGCCACGGAAGCUAUGGAGCUAGAUUUGGUAACAGCCUUGGAUAACUUUGAGCUUUCGUAUUUAGAAGAGCGUCACAUUGGCAUGUUGCAAUCGGUUUAUCAGAUCCGUGGAGUGAAACCCAAGAGCAGCAAGGCAAACCUUUGUGGGGAAGAAAUCUUACUUUUGUUUCCUGGAUAUGUCAUCAGUGACGCCAAUGGCCAAUAUCUUGACAAAGACCUUGCGUAUGCAGGGAUGCACACUGAAAUCGAUUCCAUGACCAGUCAGAAGGUUGGCAGACCAAUCCAUGAGCAGGAAGCCCAGCGUCUUGCCAAGCAAUGGCAGAUUAGUAUAAUCACUUGCCGAUGGGUUUGUGUUGAGAAAGAUCCCUUGAAUGUUCGCAUGCGACUAGUUGCACGGGAAAUGGCAAAAGGAAAGAGUUCUGCCCGUGACCUCAUGGUUUCUUCGCCUACUUCCAGCAUUGAAUCUUUGAGAAUCCUCAUUGCAGAAGCAGCAGUCCUGGACCUGGUGAUUCUAGGCCUGGACAUCAGUGCUGCAUUCAUGGCUUCUCCUCUAGGCCGGCGUCUUGGCAAACCCAUCAAAGUCAUUCUGAAGAUGCCACCAAAUACUAUGCAGUUUCCAGAUGGUAGCCCGAUAUUCCUCGAAGCAUUCAAGGCCAUAAAUGGCUUGAGAACAAGCGGUUUGGCUUGGGUAGAACACUUAAGCCACUUGCUGCAAGAGUUAGGAAUCAAACCGUCUUUGAUUGAAACAACUGUUUUUUCUGGAGAAGUUUCAGUCAAAGGGCAUGGAAAGGCAUGGGUGCAAGUAGUUGCAUACGUUGAUGAUCUGCUCGUGUUUGCCCCGAGUAAGGUAUUUGCAUUUGCCGUUCAAGACCAUUUGGCCCUACACCUAAAAGUAAAACGUACGAGGCUUAUAGAGCGAAGUUUUGAAGGGGGUGGCAGUUUGCGUUUUCUUGGCCGCAACAUCGAAAGAAAAUCCAACAGCAAAGAGAUUACCAUCAGUCUGGAUGAAAACUAUUUAGAUGGUAUGUUUGAGGCCUACAGCAUCAGCACUGCCAGUACAAAUCCUCCAGAUCUUCGACCGGUACUUGAAGACAGUUCCAAGUCUGAUGAAUUAUCCCCAGAUGCGGCCAUGCGGUACAGAGCAGCCUUAGGCAAACUGUCCUGGAUGUCCCAAACAUAUGUUUUCAUCAAUGUAUACAUAGCUUUGCUAGCCACAGGCAUGGCCACACCGCAAGAUCGCCAUGCAAAGGCUUUGAGAUCAGUGUUGAAAUUCAUGAAAAGCCAAAGAGGCAUUUACCAGAGAUUCCCAUCUCCCGAAGCAACCAUCGAGGAACAAGAAGCGCAACGCUUGGUAAUCUACUGUGAUGCCAGCUGGGCCCCAAUGCGCUUUCUCAAGCGUAGAUCAAUUUCUGGCGCGUGUGUUUUUUAUCGCGGGUCCAUCAUCAAAGCUUUCACAAGAUUGCAACAAGUGGUCGCGCUUUCAAGUUGCGAGUCGGAACUGUCAGCAUUAGCCGAAUCCUUUCAAGAGAGCAUGGGAAUCAAGCGUAUCUCUGAGCAUCUUUUUCUAGAAACUCACGCGCGUGUGACCAACAUCCAUGAAAGUUUUCAAGCUUCAGAUCGAAUACACAGUCUUGCAAACUCCCUGAUUUUUGGAUUAGUUGAUGAAGACCUUGAACAUGCCACAGCCAUUGAGGUGGAAGUCCGUUGUGAUUCCCAAGCAGCCAUCCGAGUCCUGACCUCCUGA